CCGUCAGUCUCUGGAGAAGCUUCACUCUGGACCUGCAGCUGUUUGCUCCCGUUUGGACCGGAGAAGCUCAAGACCGGCAGCCAGCGCUCAGCACCAUGGCUGCUGCUGCUCCCACUGCGCUGCUCCUCUUCCUCCACAUCUUCACCGCCUCGGCGCUGGAAUCAGCUUCUCAGGAAGCCGUCCCUCAGAGACGUCCACACCUCACCGGCUGCGUCUCGACCAACAUGGAGACUUUCCGCUGCACGUGGAACGUGGGCUCGUACCAGAACGAGUCGGGAGAUCUGCGCCUAUUCUACAUUAACAAAAAGCUUCCCACUGCGUCGCCCAACAACUGGAGCGAAUGUCCUCACUACAGCACCGAGAGGCCAAACGAGUGCUUUUUCAACGAGAACCACACGUCCAUCUGGACGACUUACAGUGUCCAGCUCCGCUCGAGGAAUCAAGACAUCCUCUAUGAUGAGAACCACUUCCAUGUUCAAGAUAUUGUGCAACCGGAUCCUCCCGUGGGCCUGAACUGGACGCUGCUGAAUGUGAGUUUGACUGGCAACUACUAUGACGCAAUGCUGAGCUGGAAGCCUCCACAGUCUGCAGACGUGGAGACGGGAUGGAUGCGGCUGCAGUACGAGAUCCAGCACCGUGACAUCAACUCUGCCCUGUGGAAAAAGUCUGACCUCGUGACAACCACAUAUAGCUCAGUUUUUGGCCUCCAAACUAACGUCAACCACGAGGUUCGGGUUCGGUGCAAAAUGCUCGCCGGAAAGGAGUUCGGAGAGUUUAGCGACUCUGUGUUCGUCCACAUUCCAUCUAAAGUUUCAAGAUUCCCAGUGGUGGCUCUGCUCAUCUUCGGCGCCUUGUGUUUAGUGGCCAUCCUGAUGUUAGUCAUCAUAUCGCAGCAAGAAAAGUUGAUGGUGAUGCUUUUGCCUCCUGUUCCUGGACCGAAAAUAAAAGGAAUUGACCCUGAGCUACUCAAGAAAGGGAAGCUUCGGGAGUUGACGUCGAUCCUGGGUGGUCCUCCUGACCUGAGGCCCGAGCUGUACAACAGCGACCCCUGGGUGGAAUUCAUCGACCUGGACAUUGAGGAGCAGAACGACAGGCCGACGGACCUGGACACCGACUGCCUCAUGGACCGCUCGCUGUCCUCCAACUGCUCCCCGCUCUCCAUCGGCUUCAGAGACGACGACUCGGGUCGCGCCAGCUGCUGCGAACCAGAUCUACCCAGCGACCCGGAGGCGUCGCCUUUCCAUCCGCUCAUCCCGAACCAAAUCCUCAGUAAGGAACCGCCGUGCCCGACUGCCUCCGAGUCCAGCUCCCCGGUCCAGAGCACCGGGGAGCCUCUUGAGGCAGUAAAGGAAGCGUUGUACACCCAGGUGAGCGAGGUGAAGUCAUCCGGCAAGGUGCUGCUGUCGCCUGAGGAACAACCUGAGGUGGACAAAAGCACAAGCAAAGACGCCAUUGCGGAGAAGGAGAAAGAAAAGAAGGAGUUUCAGCUUCUGGUGCUGAACGCAGAUAACAGAGACUACACCUCAGAGCUCAACGCAGGGAAAGUAAGCCCAAAAUUAUCCACAGGGGAUCCGAGCGAACCCUGCCAGACGGGCGUGGAGCUAAAGGCCGCACCAUCCAGCGAAUCGGACACCAUCCUGACGUCCCAGCUGCCCCCGGCUCCCGUCUACACCGUGGUAGAGGGUGUCGACAGGCAGAACAGCCUCUUGCUGACGCCGAGCUCGACACCAGCGCCGCAGCUGAUAAUCCCAAAGACCAUGCCGACACCAGGCGGCUACCUGACCCCCGACCUAUUGGGAAGCAUCACACCGUAAAUCAGCGGCGGUGCAAAAGUCAAAGACUGUUCGAUUAAAGGCAGGACAGUCUCGGAGGUCAACCUUUUCAGGGAUCCAACGCUGAAUGUCAGCUCGCCUAGAAUAGUUUGGCGGUGUCCUGCCACCACCUCUACCUCCUCUGACCUCCACUGCGUCCCCUGAUGGGGCUGCAAAGUCGACACGGUUGGAAGUUUUGAAUUGGAUGAUGAGUAGAUGCACGAGAAUGUGUUUUUUUCAUCUAGUUGUGCAAAAAGGGAACCGAUCAAAGGGAAAGCUGGAGCUGAAAACUGCCUCAAUAUUUGAAUAUUCAAAACACUUUUUGGCCACUACGGGUCAGAAUAGCUCCCCAACUUCGCACUGAUGAAUUUAAUCCUCAUAUUCAUUCUCCUUUUGGCUCAAGUUUGGUCUCUACCAACUUAAUAUCUGGCUCUUUUAUCUGCUAAAUGUUCCCCUUUUCUUCACCAGCGAGUUGCCAGGAAGCUAAAAGAGGCCAAAAAACGUGUUCCCUGGUGGUUUUGUUGCUAUAAGUGACACCUUUCGCAUCACAGGUUGCCAUUUUUGUCCAGUAUUGAUAUAAAAAUGCUGAUUGAAUGAGCUUAGUGUGUAUUUAAUUGUACAUUUUGUACAUAUCAAAUUAUUUUUCGAUGAAAUCGGGCCAUAUGACAAUUUAUGAACUCAACUUUUUUAAGGCUUUUGAUGGGUUUUUUUGUUUUUUUUUCUCCAUUUUUAGGCUUUAAAAUCACCAUAGCCACACUGAAAAUGUUACAGUAACCAAUAAAUAACUUUUCUUUCAUGCUCAGCUUAUGUCAACACAAAGAAAAGCAAAGCACGGUUGUAUGUAAAAGGAUCGGCUUCAGUAUCUCACUCUGAUGCUGCCACAUAUUGUGUUUUUUAUGCUCUGAGAAUACAACAUGCUUUGAGCUGCCAGCAGUGUUCGUCUUAUGCUCAGCCAGUAUUAGUUUUUUUUUUUAAGUGCAUUGAUUGUUUAAGUUUUUUAUUCUUCAUUGAUUUGUGGUUGGUUCAUUUAAUGCAAGUUAAAAGCUGGGGGUAGGUGGUUAUCAGUGUUAAGCCUGUACAGUUAUUGCAUUUUAAAUAUUCCAAAGUAUGGACAAAUAAAAAACUUCAAGAAUGUUG